CCCGGCGGAGGCGGUGCCACUCUCUCGGCCGUCUGGGACGAGACGACGGCUCUCGGCGGCGAGCGUUAUGGCGGCAGAGGAGGACGUGUUCCAGAGAGCUCGGGGAAGGACUCUGACCGCUUUCCGCCAAGGUGAUGAGUACCAAUGGAAGGGACCUUUCUACUUCAUCCAAGGAGCAGAUCCUCAAUUUGGACUAAUAAAAGCUUGGGCAGUUGGCAAUACAGGAAGUGGAGAUGAUGAAUGGGGAGAAGAAAUCAAAUUAACAGAGCAAGCAGUACAGGCCAUUAACAAACUAAACCCUAAACCCAAGUUCUUUGUGUUGUGUGGAGAUCUUAUCCAUGGAAUGCCAGGAACCCAGUGGAGAAAGGACCAAGAGCAAGAUUUAAAGAGCGUUCUGAAAAACACUGACCAGGACAUCCCGUUGGUAUUUGUCAGUGGAAAUCAUGAUAUUGGCAAUACUCCAACAAGAGAAACAAUAGAUAAUUAUUGCAAGAGCUGGGGAGAUGACUACUUCAGCUUUUGGGUAGGAGGUGUUUUCUUUCUUGUGCUGAAUUCUCAAUUGUACUUUGAUUCUUCCAAAUGCCCAGAGUUAAAGCAAGCUCAGGACGCAUGGCUAAAUGGGCAGCUGGCUGCUGCCAGAAAACAUAAAUGCAAGCAUGUAAUAGUGUUUCAGCACAUCCCUCUGUUUUUGAGAGAGCCUGAUGAAGACCAUGAUUAUUUCAACUUGGAAAAAUCAGUUCGACAUGAGAUAAUGGAAAAGUUCCAUAAAGCAGGCGUUAAAGCUGUGUUUUCAGGACAUUACCACAGGAAUGCUGGGGGGUGCUACAGAGGACUGGAAAUGGUGGUCUCAUCAGCAAUAGGAUGUCAGCUGGGAGAAGAUAAACAUGGACUUCGAGUGGUCCUUGUCACAGAUGAAAAGAUUGUUCAUAGAUAUUACAGUUUAGAUGAGUUGAGCAGCCAAGGCUUGGAGAACGAGAUGAUGGAUAUGCUUGCUAAGGAAAAUUAGGCUAUGUGAAAUUCCUUUUAACUCAAGUGGUUUAUGUGAUCUUUUGCCAUAUUUGUUAGAUGAACACAAAGAGUUUCAGAAAGUUUCCACAACUUGAAAUCAAAUUUUUGCUUGUGCACAUUGCCCAUGAGCAGCUCUCCAUUUGUUAUCAUCCUAAAUAACAAAAAAGAGUUCUUGAAGUAUUUUUUUGUAAAAUGAGACCCACAAGGAAUAUGGGAAAAUAACACAUCACUGAAAACAUUUUUCUGUUCUGAGAUUUUAUACUCUCCUCAUGGAUAAGACAUUCUAAAUAAAUAGGAGGUAUAUGCAAGAGUGAGAGUAGUAAUUCUAGGUAAUGCUUCAACUGAAGACUAUUUUCAUUUGAUAUGUAAGACAUUAGAAAAAGAAAAAUCAAUAAAUUCAAUCACCUCAGUUACACUCUGGACAAUACAAACUUUUUUUUCUCAAAAAGUCAGUGAAAGCAAUAGACUCCAUUUAAAUACAGUAGAGGAGGUGAAAUACUGUGUUGAAGAUUCAAUUUCAUUACAUUUUAGUUACAACAUUUUAUUUGAGAGAGGGCUCAUGAGAUUUUAAAAAUAUCUGCAGUAUUUUGAACUGUUUUCUUUUACCAGUAUAACAGCUGUAGCUGCAAGGGGACAGUACCAAACAUGAGCUACAAUCUCAUGAUAACAGCCUAAGCGUAGGUAAUGUUUGAAUCAAAAAGAAAGAAAAUGAUUUUGCUUUUGAUCUCCAGCUGCUUUUGAUUAGUUUAAUGUUUUCACAGGUUCAUUUUCAAGGGAACAUGCGGAAAACGGGAGAGAAAAUCUAAAGUUAGCUAAACAUCCAGAAAGAAGUUUCACUGGAAGUUAAGCAGUUAAUUUAUUAGUUUAAUAGUUAAAAGUUAUUUUAAAAAAUCUGUGUAAUUUUAUAUCUUUGAAACCACCGAGUUCUGUUAACAUUUAGUCCUAGAUUACAUUUAGUAAUCACAGGUUAUUAAAGGUUUCAAAAACAAGAUGAUACUAGAUUAUUACUUGCAGAGGGAAGAACAGACUUGCUAUUCAGUCUGGCAUUUACGUUUUAAGGCUGAAAAAGUUCAGCAGAGGGACCUGAGACAGUCCAAGCCCAGAGCACGCUCCCUGCUCUGGCACAGUACUGUAAAGCUGGAUGGAGGACAUGCUUUUUUCGUAUGGCCGUUUAUUCAAUGUAAUUUUAACUGAAUAUCUGAAGCUUGGGAGAUGGGUCCUACCAACAUAACUUCAGGAGGAAGUCUUUCCAAAACUACGAAAACAUUAAUAGUAGUGGUAUUAUAGAACUCUAAUUUUAUUUUCAUGGUUAUAAUGUACUAAUAUACAGUGGAAAUGUUUGCAUAAGCAUCAUUUUAAUUCAUAUUUGUAAAUUAUUUUUCCUCUUCUUAAGUAUCAUUUCAUUGCAAGAAAUUCCAUAGCAUACUGUCAUAAAAAUUUUGCUCAAGUACAAAUCUGAAGUUCAAUUAAAAGAGAUUUUAUAUCCCAAGUA